AUGGCUUUAUAUAUUGAUCCCAUCUUCAAGAAAGGUGACCGUAGCAAGCCAGAGAACUACAAAGCUGUCUCUCGGACGUCAGUAACCUGUGAAGUACUGAAGCACAUCGUUCUUAGCAGCAACAUGAUCCACCUUGAAAGCCACAACAUCUUGUCUGAUGCACAACAUGGCUUUCGAAAGAAGCGAUCCUGCGUCUCACAGCUUGUCCUUGCUGUCCUGGACCUUGCCAAAGGCAUCGAUGCCAGAGACCAAUUGGACAUGACACUCCUUGGUUUCUCCAAAGCAUUUGACAAGGUUCCCCAUGGAAGGCUAGCUGUUACACAAGCUCCAAUUCUAUGGAAUCUGGGAACCCACACAUGCUUGGUUUUAUGGCUUCCUGAGUUACAGGACCCAGCAGGUGUUACUGGAAGGACCCAUCUCCAACACCAGCCAAGUAACAUCUGGUAA